UUUCCUUUUUUUUUUGUUUGUUUUGCUCUGAGCUUCAAUGGUUAGGGUUUCUUGAACGCCCUUCUUCUUUCUCUUUGUAUAUAUAUAUAUGUGAUAAUAAUUGUAAUUAUAUAUAUAUUGUUUAUUAUUAUAUAUGUAUAUUGCUAAAAUAGAAGAGAAUGUUGCAGAUAAGCCUUGGUUUUCUCGGUGAAUUUCUCAAUCAUAACGUACAACGAUUUUCUAGGUCAACCAUGGCUUGAUUGUUUCGCUCUUUCUAUCUUCACUGUGGUGGCAGUACUUUUGUGGAAAUGUACCAUGUGCCAAGGAAUGGAAAUGAUGAGAAUUAUAUGAUUCAAGGUAUGGAUCCGAACAUGCGUUUGACAAGUCCUUUUGAACAAGUUGAAGCCAUGUACAAUGAAGGAGCCCCUGAGUUUGUUGUUGAUCAGGGUUUAGUAUAUCCUGCUGCCACUGGUUAUGGGUAUUACUGUACAGGAUUUGAAUCACCCGGAGAAUGGGAGGAUCAGCGAAGAAUUUUUGGUGUUGAUGGUCCUGAAAUCCAAUAUACGGGUGCACAAAAUGAGAGUUUUCCUUAUGUAUAUUAUACGCCUACCUAUGGAUAUGCACAGACUCCAUACAACCCAUACAAUCCUUACAUACCAGGUGCUGUGAUGGGAGUUGAUGGCUCCUUCGCAGGGGCACAACAAUAUUACUCCGUUUCCCCUUAUCAUCAGAAUCCUACUUCUACGGCUUAUUUCCCAGUUGUUCUUCAAUCAGAUAUGAUUCCAAGUAACACACCUGAGUCUACGGUUGAUACUGGAGCCUCAAAUAGGUCUGAUGUGAGGGGAUCGAAACAUAACUUCAAUUCAACUUCCGGAGCCUUUUCUAACUCAACUAAAUCUACAUCAAAUAUGAAGAAUUCAUUGACAAUUAUAUCAGAAGGACAAAAAUCUAGCGUUGGACCUAGCAAGCAUGCCACAAGUAAGGGUGUUUCUAAUAGUAACUAUCCAUCUCCGGCUUCAUCACAUGUUCUUCAGGGUAGAAAUUCAUCCAGCUCAACUCAACCAGUUGACUUUAUUCCGAAUGGAAAAAUUCUCUCUCAUCAAAAUCAUGUGAAAGUAACUGUCCCGGGUAAUAAUAGUUUAUCUGACUUUGGAACAGUCACUCACGGGAGAGCUACGGUAGCUAAGCUUCGACCAAAAGUAAAUGUUGGAAGAUCUAUGAACGAUAUUAAUAAUGGUUUAGAUUCCUUGGGUGAGCAGAAUCGAGGCCCCCGAAUCAGCAGAUCAAAGAAUGAGCUGGCUGUUAAAGCCUACACAACCAGGGCAGGAGGUGCUAAUGCCCAAGGAAACAUAAUUAUCUAUACUGACCAGUACAACACUGAUGAUUUCCCAGUUGACUACACAGAUGCAAAGUUUUUUGUGAUAAAGUCUUACAGUGAGGAUGAUGUGCAUAAGAGUAUUAAAUAUAAUGUUUGGUCAUCCACACCUCACGGCAACAAGAAACUAAGUAUUGCUUAUGAAGAGGCUCAGCGAAUAGCUGCAGGAAAACCAAAAGGCUGUCCAAUCUUUCUAUUCUUUUCAGUGAAUGUGAGCGGUCAAUUCUGUGGUGUUGCAGAGAUGAUUGGACCUGUCGACUUUAACAGGGAUAUGGAUUUCUGGCAGCAAGAUAAAUGGAGUGGGAGCUUCCCUGUGAAGUGGCACAUUAUUAAAGAUGUCCCAAACACCAGUUUAAGACAUAUCAUACUGGAAAACAACGAGAACAAACCAGUCACAAAUAGCAGGGAUACACAGGAGAUCAUGUUUAAGAAAGGUAUUGACAUGUUGAGACUUUUUAAAAAUCACACGUUGAAGACUUCUUUACUGGAUGACUUCAUGUACUACGAAAACCGUCAGAAACUUAUUCAGGAAGAGAAAGCCAGGUUACUCGUUAGAAGUUUUGAAAGUCCAUAUUUUGUACCAACAUUGGGUCCGCCCCGCAAGUUGAACUGUGCUGUUGAGCUACCUCAGAGUAAAAUAGACAAUGUUGAUAACCCAACUGAUGACCCUAGUAACUCGAAAAAGGAAAAUAUUUCUUCCUCCGAACCAAAUGUCACUUACACAUUACUACAAAAUGAGAAGAAGUCUGAGAAAACCAGUGUUGAAGCAGCAAAAGACAAUGUAUCUACCUUAAAAAUUGGUUCACUCAGUAUCGGCCCGAAGCCCUCAGCCGACUCUAUAACUUCAGCUUUUGAUGUCACAGUUGGUUCAGUGCCUCUGAAACUGAAUGGAAAUGCUGAAUCUUCUGGCAUUUUAACUGUUGGAACAAUUCCGAUCAAUCCUAAGGUGUUAAUGAUUGAGAAAGGAGGAUUAGUUGGGAGAAAGGGUUCGCAACAAAAAUGAAUGAUCAGAGUUGUUUUUUCUUCUUCUCAAGACUCAUUUUGUUUUACUUUUUUUCUCAGGGACAAUGGAACUUGAGUACUCUUACUCGGUCGUAGUUAGAGGCAAAUGGUAAAUUGAAAUACUGAGUUUGACAAAUGUUUUUUUUUCUUUUUUUCUUCUUUUUUUUUUUUCUGGGGGGUUAUUUUGUCCAGUUGUUUCUGCCAUUAUGCCCAAAAAUGGCAGUCAUAUAGUAUGAAAAUGGUAUUCCUUUACCUUUUUAUUUUUUUGGUGGAGGGUCUAUGCUGCCUGCAUUGUGUUGUUGUCCCUUGAUUCUCAAAGCAAAGUGAAUACAAUAUUACAUUUUUUUUUUCUUC